GGCCCCAAUAAAUACUCCCAGAGGGAUGCCCAGGGCUCAGUAGCCGGAGGACAGCAGUGCAGCUGACAUGGAUAUUCUCUUUCCUCUGAGUGUUAUUGAUACAGAGCUGUGCCCCAGCCCCGUUCCCCAGAUCAUCCAUCUCAUCCUCUUCGUUGGGUUUAGCCUGGUGUUCCUCAUCAUCUUAAGCCCCUACUUUCCCAGGGAGCUGUCCUCAGUGCCUCCCAGAGAGGAGAACAGCGAGAAUGAUAAAGCUGAAGUGGGGGAAUGGCUCAGGAUCGGAAAUAAAUACAUCACCUGGAAAGAUUGCAGAAGUCUCUUGAAAGAAUUGGAGAACCUUGAGUUCUACACUUUCCUGUCGAAAAAGUGCCUGAGGAAGCUCCUUGUUGAGGGCAGCUCCCAGCAUGUUCCACGCCAAGCCCGCUCGGGGUCAGUGUACAAACGAACAUCUGUGAGGAACCACCGGCCACGUGGGGGGCGUGGGAAAGCUUCUCCCAUCAGCUUCCAUGUGUCCCCACGGGCUCCCCCAGCUCCUCUGGCCUCUGCGCCGUCAUCAGUCCGGAAGACCUCUGUAGGGUCCUUUGAGUCUCUGUCAUCCCUGAGCUCCUCCAAGUCACCAGAGCCUUUGUGUCCCCUGAAGCAGCCUUCACAGGAGCCACCUGCGAGCAGCCUAUCACCAAACACGACCACCUCCACAGAAUCCUUGGGCUUGGAGGUGCCAACGCUACUGGACGCACAAGACACCAAAAUCCCAGACACUCCCAUGGACACCGCACAUCCCACAUCCACGAACAACUGGGAAUCUCCUGAGGACAACUUGGAGAUGGGAUCUCACUCUGUUGCUCAGGCUGGAGUGCGGUGGCACCAUCUUGGCUCAUCACAAUCUCUGCCUCCCAAAUUCAAGCCAUUCUCCUGCCUCAGCCUCCUGAGUAGAUGGGGUUACAGGCGCGUGUCAAUGCACCCAGCUAAUUUUUGUAAUUUUAGCCUAGAGAGGGUGUCACCACGUUGGCCAGGCUUGUCUUGAACUUCUGACCUUGAGAUAUCUGCCCACCUUGGCCUCUCACAGUUCUGGGAUCAUAGGCUUGAGCCACCACACCUGGAUGAAUCACAAAUUUUAAACCUGAAUAAAAUGCUGCAUCCUCCAAUGAGAGUAAAAUAUCCUCUUUGCCCAAUUUUAGUUAUUUUCUAGUCAAACGGUAUCAGUGCUAUAUUUUAAAAUUUCACUGGGUGACUUCCUCAUUUUGGAAACAUGA